UGAUCCCGCCCGCCCGCGCCCCGUGGCCGAAUCGUCGUCGUCGUCGCGUCUGUCAAAAUCGGCUACUCCGGCCUCGGAGUGCCGCUCGCGGAGUGACGGCCAGCGACGGUGGUUCUCGCGCCACAGGUAGGAUGUGAGAAGCCAGGGGGGAACCAGGGAGGAGGAGCCGCCGCGCGCGCGUCGUCGAAGACCGGAGGUAACGAGGAGGAGAGUAAAGGAAGGAAAGGCAGAGAGAGAGAGAGAGAGAGAGAGAGGAAGAAAGAGGCGAAGAUCGGCCGAUCGCGAGGGCGAAGGAUGCGUUUGCGCUCGGGCCGCGAAACCACGGCGACCGGCGUCCACUCGUUUCACUCGCGAUAACGACGAGGUGCUGGAGGCGGUGUAGAGGGUGACGCAGGAGGAGGAAGCGGGAGCGACACGAGGAGCAGCAACACCAGCGGCGUCGCCGUCGCCGUCACCGUCACCGUCGACGUCGCCGUCAUCGCGCGGACCGCAGCAAUGGCCGCCACCGUCGACGGGGCCGGGCUCGAGGAGCUGAGGACCGAGAUCGAGCGCCUGUCGCGCGAGCUCGACCUGGCCUCCACCGAGAAGAUACAGUCGGCGCAGUACGGGCUCGCGCUGCUCGAGGAGAAGUCGGGCCUGCAGCAGCGGUGCAACGACCUCGAGUCGCUCUACGAGAACACCAAGCACGAGCUGGAGAUCACGCAGGAGGCGCUAGCAAAGUUCCAGACAACCACGAAAAUAACAGCGAAGAGCGGCAUCGAGCAAGAGGAGAGUCUUCUCAACGAGAGCGCCGCGCGGGAAACGUCUCUGCAAUCGCAGAUCAUCGAAUUGGAAAGCGAAACAAAACAGCUGCGACAUGAGCUGGAGCGAGUGCAGGCGGAGCGCGAUCACGCGCUGCAGGAGCGCGAGGAGGUCGGGAAGGACCAUCAGCAGGCGGAGACGGAGCGCAAGUCGUUACGGACGGAAUUACGGGAGUGCAGAUUCCGCGAGACUCGCCUGCUCCAGGAUUACUCCGAGCUGGAGGACGAGAACAUCUCGUUGCAGAAGCAGGUGUCCGGUUUGCGGUCCAGUCAGGUGGAGUUCGAGGGCGCCAAGCACGAGAUCCGACGGCUCACCGAGGAGGUCGAGCUGCUCAACAGCCAGGUGGAGGAGCUGACGAACCUGAAGAAGAUAGCGGAGAAGCAGAUGGAGGAGGCGUUGGAGUCGCUGCAGGCCGAACGCGAGGCCAAGUACGCUCUGAAGAAGGAACUGGAUCAGAGGAUCAACAGCGAGUCGAUCUACAACCUCAGCAAUCUGGCGCUCUCUAUCCGCGGCAUCACGGAGGAUCAGACGAUAUGCAGCGACGGCGAGGACGACUCGCCCGCGCUUCGUAGAAUCGAGGCGGACCUGAAGACGCAAGAGCCGGGCACGUCCGCGGCCGACAAGCAGGUAGACUUGUUCUCCGAGAUUCAUCUCAACGAACUCAAGAAACUGGAGAAGCAGCUGGAGCUCGCGGAGACCGAGAAGGCACAUCUGACGCAGAAUCUGCGCGAGUCGCAGUACGCGGUCGAGAAGAGCCAGACGGAAUUGCAAUCGUUCGUUGCGCGAAUCGUGCAGCUGGCAGCGCAUGUGCAAUCGCUACACCAUCUUCACUCGAAAUUGCCGGAAAAGCAGAGCGAAGAGACGACAUUAGACAAACUCAAUCAGGCCGUUGUGCAAUAUCAUCAGUGGAGCACCAUGUCCGCUCGCGAGAUUAAUCAGUUGCAGAAAGACCUGUCCGAAUUGGAGAACGGCUUAACCGUCUCCGACUCCACGCAGCAGUUGCGAACGGAGCUGACGAAUCUGAGGAAUAAGAUACCCGAGUCAGAGAAGAGCCUUCGAGAAAAGCUCCUGGACACGGAACAGAGGAGCAUGCAGCUCGAGUCGGACGUGUCCACGCUGUCGAAGCUCACCGCGGAAGCGGGCGGUUUCCUGGAUUCCGCUCAGAACGACCUGCAGAAUCUCUCCGACGAGCUCGCGCAGCUCUAUCAUCACGUGUGCACCGUUAACGGCGAGACGCCCUCGCGAGUGGUGCUGGACCACGAGAAGUCGGAGAUCGUGCCCGAGCAGGAGGAGGAGAACGGCAAGAUGGAUUGGUGCCGAACUCUCUUCAAGACCGACAUCAAGAUCAAGGAUCUCGAGAGCCUCAGCAAAGCGAAGGAAAUCGCGAAACACAUAGAGACCGCGAUGGACCAAAUAAAGCACCUUAGAAACGCCGUGGAACACACGAUCGAACUGUCCAAAGUCAAGGGAAUGCAAUCCAAUAUUUGCAACGUUUGCAAGGCCUCCGUCAAUGAGAACAAGGGGGAUGUGACGGACCUCCAGGAGCAGGUUAUCAGAUUAAAGGCCUUGCUGUCUGCUAAGCGAGAGCAGAUUGCCACGUUGAGGACAGUGCUUAAAUCAAACAAGAACACGGCGGAAGUAGCGCUAACGAAUCUGAAGAGCAAAUACGAGAACGAGAAGAGCAUCGUUAACGAGACGAUGCUCAAGCUCAGGAAUGAGCUUAGAAUGUUGAAGGAGAACGCCGCGACAUUCUCGAGUCUGCGUGCAAUGUUCGCUGCACGCUGCGAGGAGUACGUGACGCAAGUGGACGAGCUUCAGCGGCAGCUCACCGUGGCGGAGGACGACCGGAAGACGCUGAACCAGCUGCUGCGCCUGGCGGUGCAGCAGAAGCUCGGCCUCACCAUGAAGCUGGAGGAGCUCGAGGUCGACCGGGAGCUGCGCAACACCAGGAGACACGCCGCCGGCGCGAACGGACGCGGUAGGCCGCGACUGUCGCAACAGACGAACCGUCCCCACUUAGGCAGAGAUUUCUUCUAGAAAAUGAUGAAGAUGUGGAGUAAAAUAUUCUGAAGAGAAGCGAGGAUUUUGAGAACCUUUUCGAAUUUUUCUACUGCUCGUUACCGAGCCCGCUCACGCGGGCCCGGAAGACCCUAGUGAGUAUACAAUUGAACUUCUUCGUUAGAGAGGAACGUCCGCGGUCUCGUUAUCCACAAAUAACCGUUUCGUCGCGUCGAAUGCCGCGGCGCGUAUUUUUACAAAAACAAAAGAAACACACAAAGGGAUGGACGGGACGCGCUGGGGAAAGAUGAAAAGGAAAGAGGGGAAACGACGACGCCGUCCUCACUGAUACCGGGG